UUUGCCAUUCAAUAUGGCGUCUGCUUCGGCUCAGCUUGACUGGGUUCCCGAUUCUUUGUACAAUACAGCCGUGUCUGCCACCGUCGCUUCAUAUUAUAGACACAGGAGAGAUGUCAAGACUUUGCCUGAAAGUGUCCAAUUCGAUGUUUAUUACAAGUUGUAUAAUCAAGGAAGAUUGUGUCAACUUGGUAUGGAAUUUUCAGAGUUGGAUACUUUCCUGAAGGUUUUAAAUGUUAAUGACAAAAGACACCUUCUCCACCACUGUUUCCAAGCCUUGAUGGACCAUGGUGUAAGGGUGUCCAAUAUAUUAGCAGAUGCAUUUUCUGGUCAGUUCUCUACAGGAACUUGCAAUGAUGAGUCCUCAAAAGAAAAGGCCAUUCAGCUAGGGUUAUCUCUAGGUGGAUUUUUAGGAGAUGCAGGAUGGUUUUCUGCUGCUGAGAAAGUCUACAGGGUCUGUUUAGAUCUAGCACAAACAGAACCAUCAAUAUCUAGUCAGUGUAGAGCAUUAGAAUGUUGUGUCAAAUUAUUGCAUGUACAGAAUGCUAACUGCAAAUACACAGAAGCCAACAGUACUAGUCACCAAGCCUCCCAGAUCUUACAGAAGGUCACCAGUCAGGGGGUCAAGGUCAAUACUGCAGCUUAUUAUACAGAAUGUUGUGCUCUAUUAUUUGCUGAAAGUCAGUAUAAUGAGGCAAUGAAAUACUGCAGGCUUGCUGUCCAUGAAUUGUCACCAGUGCUUCCAUGUAAAACCCUAGUCAGUGUAUUGAGACAAUGUUCAAAGGCAUGUGUUGUAAAGCGUGAAUUCAUUAGAGCAGAAACGUUGAUCAAGCAUGCAGUGCUUUUUGCAAGAGAGAAGUUUGGUAUUCGCCAUCCCACAUAUGCUGAUGCCUUACUUGAUUAUGGUUUCUAUUUAUUAAAUGUAGACUCUAUUACAUCUGCUGUCAAAGUUUACCAGAUUGCAUUAGACAUACGAAUGUUGGUAUUUGGAGGAAAGAAUCUGUUUGUAGCUGUAGCACAUGAAGAUUUAGCCUACUCAUCAUAUGUAGCAGAAUAUAGUUCAGGGAAAUUUAGAGAUGCUAGAGAGCAUGCUGAAAUGGCUAUUGACAUCUUAGGAUUAAUUUUACCUGAAGAUCACUUACUGCUUUCAUCAUCGAAAAGAGUCAAAGCUUUAAUCUUAGAAGAAAUAGCAAUAGACAGCCAUGAUAAGGAAGACGAGGACAGAUACUUACAGGAAGCACAAGACUUACAUUUACAGUCCCUUGCUCUCGCCAAAAAAGCAUUUGGUGAAAAUAAUGUUCAAACUGCUAAACAUUAUGGGAACUUAGGUAGACUGUAUCAGUCUAUGAGAAGAUAUACUGAAGCAGAAGAAAUGCAUUUAAAAGCAAUAGAGAUCAAAGAGAGAAUUUUAGGUUCUGAUGAUUAUGAAGUAGCAUUAUCAAUAGGACAUUUAGCCUCUUUAUAUAACUAUGAUAUGGAGAAAUAUGACGAAGCUGAGAAACUUUAUCUUAGAUCCAUAGCUAUAGGAAAACAUCUAUUUGGAGAUGGUUACAGUGGUUUAGAAUAUGAUUACAGAGGACUAUUACGACUUUAUCGAACAAUAAAAAAUUACGCCAUGGCUGAACAUUAUCAUAAUGUCUUACAACAGUGGAACCAGAUUAGAGAUCGAACAAACCAGGCUGAAGUUGAGCCGCUAGAAUUUACCCCACAAUUAACUUUACCGGAACUCGUACAAAGUGUAUUUGGUGACGUUUCCUGAAAAGAAAAAAAAUGUGUAAUUCAACUGGUUUUGAUAGUGUUUGUGGAAGAAGAGUUGUAAACGAAAACCUGUAUCCUCACUUUCAAAGAUGGCGGAAGUUUGACUAUGAACAAAUUAUACGAAGUGUAGUAAUCAUGAAUAUUUAUGAUCACUGUUAUCUGAAAAUGUUGAUGUCUCAGCUUGCUGCUUUUUGUUUAAUUAUGAAUGAUCAUGUGUCUAACUAUACAGUUUGACUGUAUUGUUGAACAGAUUGACUGUACUGCUGUACAGUUAGACAGUUUGAAUGUUAUAAUUUGUAGAUUGCCUGUAUUGUUAUACAUGUACAAUCCGACAGUUUGACUGUAUUGUUUGAACAGAUUGAUUGUACUGCUGUACAGUUAGACAGUUUGACUGUUAUAAUUUGUAGAUUGCAUGUAUUGUUAUACAUGUACAAUCCGACAGUUUGAUUGUAUUGGUUUGCAGAUUGUCUGUUCUGCUGUACAGUAAGACAGAUUGACUGUACUGUUGUACAAAUUGACUGUAUUGUUGUACAGUUGAACAGUUUGAUUGUACUGCUUCACAUAUUAAGUACUGUUGUACAGUUGGACAGUCUGACUAUUGAUGUACUGUUGUACAGUUUGACUGUGCGAAUGUGCAGAUUGACUGUACUAAUGUGCAGAUUGACUGUACUAUUGUGCAGAUUGACUACUAAUGUGCAGAUUGACUGUACUAAUGUGCAGAUUGACUGUACUGUUGUACAGACGAUUAUGAUUCGAAUUAUCAAUUGUUAUUGUGAAUAGCAAUGCUAUUAACUUUAAAGAAAUAAUGUUAUUGAAUUUGCCAAAAUGGUGAAUUAACAUGUUGUUUUCAUGUUUUGUGAUCCUUUAGCUUGUUGAUUGUGAUACCAUGGUUAUAGGAGAGUGCUUUCAAUGUUUGUUAGUGACUGUUAACUGACAGUCUUAAUUUAUUUUGAUUUAUUUUGUGAUUUUUAUAAUACUGGUGAUAUAUGUAUAUUAUAUAGAUAUGUACUGUUAUAAAGUGCUAUUAGUAUUGUUUUUUCCAUUUUACUGAAAUACUCAAUAGUUUAAACAUAGUACUGUUAAAAAUCUUUAAAUUGAAUACUAUAAAUUCAGAAAUUAUUGCGAGGUUUUUAUUAUUGCUACAAAAUCUGACAGAGUUGUAAACAAUAACUUAAACUGGCAUUUUAAAAUAUAAUAUAUGAAUUAAAACAGGAUUUGUCUCAAAAUCCAAAAAAUAAAAAUCACGUUUUAGUCUAAAAUGACAAAAUUGCAAUAAUAAAUGCACACAAUAAUUUCUGAAUUUACAGUAAAUAAUGACUCGACAAACAAAUCAUAUGAUAUGAAUGAUUUUAUUGAUGACAAGUUAUAAAUUAUGAAUCAAGUUAAUAAUGAAAAAAAGCCCACUAAAAAUUAGGUGUAGAUAUCUGACUUCCAUAAUUCAUUUGACUUAACACAGAGCUGCAGUGCCAGGAAAUAAAGGCAUCUGCACAUAACAUAAAGAAGAAAUGACAGAAUUUAUCUGACUACCAUAACUUUAGAGUCUUUAUCAUGUGAAGCAUGAGGUUUGGUGUCGCUUUAAAAGGUGUGAUAUUUAUUCCUUGUUUAAUUAGAUCCAUCAUGUUUACAUUGAAAUUGUCAUGCAGAUAAAAUCGUAUAUACUAAAAAACAUUUAUGGAGUUCAUGCUUUAUAUGAUUUAAAUAGAUAAAGAUCCUUGGCUUGAUGGUCUAAUGAAAAAUAAGAAAAAAGUUUUUUUUUCGUUUUCGUUUAUCUUUGAUUAGGACAUCUUGAAACAUUAUCAAUUUAUCAUGAAUAAAUUAUGAUUACAGAGAAUAAGUAAGUAACUUUUAAAAUUAAAAAAAAACAUAACAUUUUUUUUUUCAAAUGACCAUGAUAAACAGUUAGAUAGAUCUUUGUUUUAAGUAGCAUUCAAAACCUUUUGUUCUUUCUGGUCUAGACAUUUCCUCUACCUUUACAAUUUUGUUCAUUUAUGUAAUUAAAACCUGAAUAAUAAUUGAUUACACUGGCAUAAUAGCACUAAUUAGAAAAUUAAAACACAUGAUUUUGAGAAUUAUAAAACAAUUUCUGAUUUAAGAAAUUUUGGAAUAUAAUGUUUAUGAACCCACAGUAUUCAUAUCCACCUCAGCUCUUUGUCUCAGUAAAUACAAAAUUUUGGCUGCAUCCUUUUCCCGCAUAUUUCCAUCUGAUUGAUAAUACAAUGACAUGGUUAAUAGUUUUCUAAUCUUCCCAAGGCAUUACACUUACUCCAAAGACAAAAUUCAAGUCUUUAUUUUUAUUAUUGAACACUUAUGUACAUUCUCAUUUAUCAAUGUUUAUUUGUAAACAUGCUUAUUGUGAAAUGUAUAUUUCAAUUUCUUACAAAUUCUUUAACAUAUGAAUUAAUCUAAUAGUUCAGUAUCAUGUUGUUUAUUCUAUAUAAAAGAACAUCAACAGAAUAAAUAAUGCUGCAAAAAUGCUGGUGAAGGUUAAUUAACAUGCUUCAGAGUUUCAUAGUUUUUUGAAGCUCUAAUUUCAUGCUUUUCAUUCUAGAAAGCUUAAACUCAGUGUGUAUUAUCUCCUGGAUAUUUAAAAAUGUUUAAAAUGCAUAAAAAUGGCCUUUUCUGUCACAUGCAACUUAACAUAUGUAUUGUGCCAUUUGACUGUAAAUAUCCAUUAUUAUUUAAGGACUUUUACAGAAUUAAAUGCAUGAGGGAAUGGGAGGUUUUUCUAAAGACCUGAUCAUCCAUUGAAUAAAUCAUUCAUUUCGACUAUAAUUCUUUAAAAAAAUCUUAGUGAAAUGCAACCCCCCACAUAUUAGAAUGUUUUUAUUGCUUCUUCUCCUAAAGGGUGAUAAAUUUUGGAACAGCCCUUAUAUAAGUUGAACAUUUUUAUUCUAUUCUGUAUUUAAUUAUGUGUUUUUUUUUAUCAAAUCGAUAUACACAAGAUCAGCACUGCCAUUUGUUGUAAUUUUAAGCUUUUCAUCUAAAGUUUCAAUGCAACUAAGAAUUUCUUUAUAUAUUUUGAUACAACAAUCCAUGGCAUUAUAUAAGGGUUCAGAUUCUUGUACUAUUAUAUUUGAUGUGGCAGUAAUUGGUUAAUACAAUACAUUAAUGGAUUGCAAUGAAGCUGUCAUUCAGAAUAUCUCCUAUAUUUUAAAUCUGAUUAAUUUUGCUCUUUUUCUUUUAAGUCUUUAUCUACUCUUCAGCUUUAAAUUCAUCAAGAAACUAAAUUUAGUCUUAUAUAUACGUGAGAAGGAUUUUUUUUUUUUAAUUUGAAUUUGUCACUUUACAUUUGAAUUUGAAUUGGACCAUUUUGUAACUUGGUACCUGUUUGGCAAAUUAAUUAUGGAUUUAUAAGCUAAAUAAAGAUGGAAAGAAAAAAAUAAGACCAAACUUUAUUUGAUUUGAAAUUUAUGUAUAUCUUAGCAUCCAAUCUAUACCCCUAAAUCAUUACCCCUAUUGGGAAACUCCACUGCCUAAAUAUUUAAGAAUAGCACAUCUGUUAUUUUCAAUGAUAGUUCUUAUUAUUGUAUUGGUAUUAAACUCAUACUCCUAUCCCCUUCUUCUUUUUUCUAAUCCACCACUCUAUAGUUUAUCACAAUCUAACAAUCUUAUUAUAAUAUGGUGUCCAAAUUUUGCUUACAAGGAUCUGAAAAUGCUCUAUUCUUUCUUCUUUAAAGACCUAUCAGGAUCUUAUAGGUUCAUUAAUACACACCUUUAUAAAACUGAAGCCUGAUGUUAAACUUACCAGACCAGAAAGUAAGAUCUAGUGUUGUAAGAUUCUUGUGGGUAAUCUUGGACACAUGAUACAUUUGUGAUAUGUACAAUGUAUUUUUAUCAGAUUGGUCUCAAAAUGAUAAAAAAAAUACAAUGAUUAACCAUGCAGGUGCAUUAUAUUACUAACUGUCCUUUUCUAUUCUUAGACUUAUAACAUUUGCAUUGCUCUUUUUUGAAUAGAAUCUGAUACAUAAGUAGCCAUUAGAACAAUAUUUAGUAGUGAUGUGGAUGUUUAAGUUACGAAAUGUAUACCAGUAUUUAUUUGAAAGAUGUUGAUCAUGUUCAUAUAUACAAUGUAUUUGAAUUACAUUGAGAUCAUUGUCAUUUCAAAUGUGAAAAAAAUAAAUAAUAACAAACU